GGCUAUAGGUGCACACCACCACUGCAGUCCUGCGUUCAGCGCAUCGUCGUCGCAUCAUCGUCGUCGUCGGUUGGCUGCUGUUCCGCGUGAAACUACACCUCGAUACUUUCAGGGAAUAAAUGAUAUCGUCGUGUUCUUAUCGUGGUGGUCGUCGUCGUUCGUAUAUAAAAAAGAUCUUCGCGAUAUCUCGCAGCUGCAAUACCGCAUCUAUACCGCUGAAAGCAAAAAGUAUAUAUAAUUGUGACUCGUGUUGCGGUUUUGGUGCUCUCUACGAUGAUGACACAUCGUCGUCGUACGAUCGUCGCAGUCGUCGAAUUGUCAAGAGUGUCGUCGGGCGCUCGCAGCAGUAGCCUCGUUGCGCCCACCACCACAACAACGACAUAAGUAUCUCUCUCGUAACAUACAAUGUCAACAACGCAGCGUGGCGAGGCGGCCGUCAACGACAACGACAACGACGAGGCCCGCACUCGCGAGAAGUAUCAGCUGCUGCAGAAUUUGCGCUCUGUCGUCGAGGGACUGCUCACGAAUGGCUUGCCCAACGUCUGGAACGUGUACGGCGGCCUCAACAGGCUGCACGCGAUCAUGGAGAAGAUAUUCAAACACGGAUGCCGCACCGUCAUAAACGGCGAGCCAGAUUGUUGGACGUUCAUUCAAGGAUUGAAUUGGUUGCAGCCUUCUCUGGCCAGCUCACCAAGUAUUGGUGGCUGCGACGAGUACCACGCCAACCUUCCAAGUAGAAUAAUCUCUCGCAAAGAUACAUUGUGGUUGUACAAAAGUUUAGAGAAUCAUUCUCUGUCGCAAAAACUAUCUUGGCUUCUAUCCGAUAAAGAACAUUUACUGUCUUGUCUUGAACCCUGGGCUUAUUUGUGCGAUGAAAGUUUGGCUGAAGCAACUCUCAUUUGCUUACAAGCUGUAGAAAAGAACCAAUUUACAUUGUUAACAGAUAUCAAUCCAGCUUUGUUUUUGAAGGGUUGGUUUCCAAAACAUAGUCCUAAGCAUAGAAGAUCUUCAUCGUAUCCAGUAAAUUUAUGUUACGGAAAUGAAGCAACUCAAAAUUCUUCUAGCCAAUUACCACUUGAUUUAACGACAGAGUCAGAAUCAGCAAAGAAUAAGAUUAAAGAAGAUACUGGUACAAAAAAGAAUUGGAAUAGUUUAAUUGAAUUGACUGAAUCAAAUAUACCUUGCUCAGAUUUGAUAGCAAAAGCAGAAAGUGCUGUCGAUGGAGUUUCCAAGGAUACCCAGUCGAUAGAACUUUCAGAUGUCAUUCAAGUAGAUUAUUCUGAUGUUAGAAGUGAAGCCAGUACUACAGUUGAAAAUAAAUGUAGUCCAUCAAAGUCAAAAUCUGCAUCUCGCAAACUUCGCAAGCAUCGCGCAAACAAAUUAUCUGGCCAAAUCAGCAAUGGCAGCACGGAAACAAUUUCGAGUCAAAGAGUAUCAGCUUCCUCGUCGGUUAAUUCGAAUUUCAAUGCGAUCGAUUUUCCUUAUGCUGCUGGACCACACAAGCCUGGUAGACGCAGGUCAUUUUUCACGAGCUCCGCUCCGGAAUUUUCGAGUUCCUGGAGCUCGGAAGUCGAGGGCCAGAAAGAUCCUCGCACCCCGAGAAAGAGCUUCAUCGAGGACGGAGGCAGCAGCGUCUUGCCCAUGUCGACGGCGUACUUUCCCAAACCCGAAGAGGGACAGAGUCUCACUAGUUUCUUAACUUCCGCCUGUUUCACGAAGACGAACGCGGAGCUCGACCGAGAAAACGCACACUUUAGCAUAUCGGAGGCAAUGAUUGCCGCCAUCGAACAGCUCAAAUGUAAUCGUCGCAUGAGGCUAGCAGCGGACGAAGCUGUCGACGAGAGCGACGAGGAGAUUAAGCACCUGCAGCAGCGCAUUAGAAUGCGUCGAAGGCAACGCGAGGCCGAGCGACGUCCACCGCACGCUACCAAUUGGUCGCGCGAUCUGCUGAGCGACGGUAAAACCGACACCACGACCACGGAUCAAAGCGUGAGCCCGCUGUCAACUUCAUCGGGAACGUUGUCCGACAGUAUUUCCACGGACGACGUGGACGACUACGUGAUGGACGAGGCCAGCAAUCUGUUGCAGAUAAAAAAUUCCGGCCUAUCGGUGUCCAUGGCGUCGAUGUACUCGGAGGCCGAUAUUUACAAAUCGUCCCAGAGCAAAGCCGCCAACGAAUCGUCCAGCAACACGAUCGACAGCAUGACGUCGGCCGAAGGCGUGGCUCUGUCGCUGAUCAGUCGCUUCAGCGAGAAACAUCUGCCCCGAGCCAGCGAACUGAAGUGGCUCGUGUCCGAGCAAGACGCGCCUCAAAGAUUGCUGCCUUUGCCGAAAAGUUGGCCCAUUAGUCCGGACGACGCCGAGGGCGACAGUAUGCCACUACGCGGAACGGCCGAGUGGGCUCCCCCUCGAGCUCAAAUCAUUUUUACGCCGCAUCCGCCACCAGUGAGAAAGAUACUCAUCGCCAAGCAAAACUAUCGCUGCGCCGGUUGCGGCAUGAAGGUCGCCGUGGAGUACGCCAGCAAAUUUCGCUACUGCGAGUAUCUGGGCAGAUACUUUUGCACCGGCUGCCACACGAAUCAAGUGACCUUCAUACCCGGCAAAAUCCUCACGAAGUGGGAUUUCAGCCGGUACCCGGUGUCGAAUUUUGCCUAUCGGCUUCUGGACAGAAUGAUGGACGAUCCCCUGUUUCCCGUGACGAAGGAUCUGUAUUCAUCCUUGUAUCGCAGAAGCAAACAAUUGCAUCGCACGAGGCUACUUCGAACGCAAUUAUUUUAUUUCAAAGAUUUUUUAUUCAACUGCAGGUUCGCUACAAAAAAUCAAGAAGCUUUGAAACGCGUACCUUCGCAUUGGUUAUUAGAAACGCAGAUUUAUUCUAUUACCGACUUUACACUCGUGAAAUCCGGAGCUCUGCCUACGGAGUUGGACGAGUUGGUUCAAAGCUGCUUGAAACACGUGGAACAGUGCAUCUUGUGUCAAGCUCGAGGUUUCGUUUGCGAACUGUGCAAUUCCAAAGAGGUCAUUUAUCCGUGGAACCUCAACCGCGUCGUACGUUGCAACGGCUGCUGCAGUUGCUAUCAUUCUGACUGUGUUCGAGGACCGAUCGAUCAACUAGAUUGUAAAAAGUGCAAUAGAUUGCGCGAGAGGCGAAAAUCUCAAGAUGAGCUGGUUUCAAAAAGUCGACUAUGACUUUCAGACAGUACUUGCACCUCAAAAGUGGGAUGAGUUGUAGAUGUAAAUAUUUUUUUUGCAACAACUGGGUAUAAAGUUUUAAUUUAACAGUUUUUACGAAACAACAUUCAAAUUUUAUGAAUGAUGGAUUCUCCGACAAAUUGAAUGGGAAAACAAAAUUAUUUUGAGGUAAUAUAAUAACACAUGUUUUUACUAAGAGUUUUUGUAUUCUUCGAUGAAUUUUUUUAAGUUCUAAAAGUGGCGAUCUGUAACAAAAAAUUUUUACUUUUUAUUAAAUUUACAAUAAUUUAUAGCUGCAAAUUGAAUCAUUUUUGCUAAAACGUAGUGCAUACAGUUUUUAGACUUCGAUAUAAAUCGAUAUAGAACAAAAAAAUCAUUAUUGGAAAAUUCAGAAAUUUCAAUUUCACAUGUUUUGUUGUAUCACAUUGAAAAUGUUGAAUAAUUCAACUUGACGGAGAACGAGUCAAAUAAAGCAUAGCGGGUGUGUCAACGAGGAAUUUAAAAAAACUAUUUGCGAUAGUAACGUAAAAAAAUGUUUUGUAUUUUUCUACUAGUCAAUGUUUUGGUUUCUCACAUUACCAAACACAGUCAAAGAGUACAUAAAUGUGAUGAUACACAAUUUUCAAAUACUUUUGACAAAUUUUUACUAAAAAAUAAACAUGUAUUGUUUAGAGUAUUUGUAAAAAAAAUUUUAUAUAUUUAAUAAUUUUCUAUAGUAAUUAGAAAAUCAUAUGCUCAAGUAUUAACAAGUACUCAAAAACAUUAUCCAGAAUAAUCAUAAAAAUGUACAGUGCAGAACGUAGAAUUUUGUUGUAAACAAUUAUAUAAAUUUACCCAAAAGUAUUUAUUAAUUUAAAUAAUUGUAUUAUUUUGUCGAUGCCAUGCGUCACUUUUUAUACUAACUUAAGUAAUAGCAAGAAAUAUUUGUAUUUUAAAAUGUUUAUAAAACCAUUUAUUAUACGUUCAUUAACAAAAUUAUAAUCAGUUAUAUAGAAGUUUUAUUCACUUGUUAUAAAAUAAAUUGCAGUUUCAAUUA